AUGGGCAACGCACAACCGACCACCGCCUCUGCAACCCAGGGCCAAGCCUCUGUCGCCGCCUUCAAGCGCAAGGUCUCUUCCGCCCUCGACAAGAUCCCCAACGACCACGAUUCCAGAAACCCCAACCACAUCGCCAACAUCCUCCCGCUCUUCGGGCUGCUCAGCAUCAGACAGCGCAAUGACGACGACAUCAAGCUCACCAUGGCCCGCCUCGGCAAACCCCCCGGCCCCGUCGACUUCAUCGAGCAGGAUAUGCUGGAGGCCCUAGCCGAAUGCAUCUGCACCAAGCUGCUCAACACGGACGGAUGGUCCGCCGCGGGCACCAAAGUCACGCACACGCUGCAGCACAGGCUCGCCAGCGUGCUCGUCACCACGGACUGCCCGCUCGCGCACCCAGACGAUACGUACGUGCACUUCACGUCCGCGUGCGACGCUCUGCGCGACGAGUUGUCCACGAUGUGCAAGGAUGCCUUCACCUCGUCGUCCGCCCUCGAGUCUGCGCAGUGGAACCGCGCCGUGCCGGCCUUCUAUGCGCACAUGUUCCUCGUCGAGUGUCCUGGCCACUUCAUCCCGGGGUUCCUGUACCACAUCCUGUUCAAGAUGGCGGAGGCGCCGACGCUGUUUACCGUGCCCAACAUCAAGCUGUUCAAGAACUUGGUGGUCAUGGUGGGCCAGCGCAUGGAUGGUGGUGAGGAGGGGAAGCGUGUGCUGAACACGGUGCUGGCGAUGGUGUGGGAGCGUAGGGAGAAGGGAGAGGGCAAGUCGAAUGCGGUGGAGGAUGCGGAGUCGGAUGUGGUGGAGGAUGCGGUGGAGGGUGCGGUGGAGGAUGCGGUGGAGGAUGCGGUGGAGGAUGCGGUGGAGGAUGCGGUGGAGGAUGCGGUGGAGGAUGCGGUGGGGGAUGCGGUGGGGGAUGCGAUGUACGAGAUUAUGUUCAAGAGGACGCAUGGAUGGGCGAUGGUGAUGACGAUCAACUCCAACUUCCAGAUCGUGGAAGAUACGAUCUGA